AUGGACGGUGCGCGGGAGGAGAAAUGCGGCUGCGUAGAGAGAUGCUUUCUUGGUUGCUGCAGGAAUGCCCGCGAGGCGCAAGUGUGUGAGGCCGAGACCUGUUCGGUAGGGGCCAAGGGUUGUGAGAACCGGUUCCGUCAGCGACGGCUGACCCUGAAGCGGACCGACAUGGGGCUGGGGUGUUCGCUGCCCGCUCGAUCCGAGCGGGCGACGUCGUGUGCCAGUAAAUACGGGAAGUACGCACAUGAAGUAUCCCCGUACGCCCAUUACACGAUCGAGCUGACGGAGAGGGACGUAAACGGGUGGCGAGUAUAUGUGUGCGCUGAGGACGGCGGCUCGAUCGCGCGGUUCAUAGCCCACGCCUGCCAGCCAAACACUAAUUUCUUGGAAGAGAGAGGGAUACGGAGGCCAAUCAUAUCCCUCGUGGCGCAGGUCGACAUUCGGAUCGGGACAGAGAUCACGGUGAACCAAACCGGGGCGACAGGGGAGACGUUGUCGUUCCAGUGCCAGUGCGCGCCGUCCAUCAAGCCCAAGACGCGACAACGUAGGCGGUGA